GCAGAGAAAUAUCAAAAAAUUCCCGAGACGGUUUCCUGGAAUGAAUCAUCUCAAACGACUUUCAAGGCUUCGGUCCAGCCAUUAUUUGCAGGGUUGGGGGCUUGGUCAAGCAAAUAAAUAAAUUAUUUUAACUCAAAAGGGAAGCGGUUUUGAGAAUCCACGUAAUUUGACCAUAGAGACCUCAAAUUGUGGCUGAGUUUUAGGUUAAAAAGCGGGCAGUACUACCCUACUGACACCCUGGUUAUGAUUUGAUAAAUGAGCCAGAAAAUUGACAAUAAUCACUGUAAACAGCAAUGGAAUAUUGUGGGGGGUCGUGGGAAUUAAACCGCUUGACGAACACACUCGUAUAUCCUGUUGCUAGUUGAUCCGUCGUACCGGUGCCGGCCCGUUUGAGGUUUUUCGGAUGAUGAUUUCAUCGUCUCAAGCGCUUCCAUGCGGCAGUGUACGCUUCGCCGCCAAUUCAAACGCUGCCGCCACUUUCGAACCCGCCAGCAAUGUACCAUGUGUCGCGUUAGCGAGCGAAGCAAAACCAAAAACAAGGAAUGCGAGAAGUGUACAAUAGUAGUAGUGUCCGAGUUUUUUAGUUGCUUUAGUACAGCAUAAACAUGUUAGAGUCAGUUUUCUUUGAAAAUGUACAGCCAGUUUUAGGAAUACAGCAGUACAGUAUACACGUGUAUCGAUUUUGUGCGUUUCCGACGUGAGGUCCGCCAUUAUAUGCCCAUGGGCGGGCGCGUGUUCUGGAGGCAGGUGGAGGUAAAACUAAGGCCAAACAACGCGAAAACUCGACUUCCAGAUCGCCCAGGUUCACGCCAGGCGGACUAGUGUGGUAAACUUCCGUUACAUGUCUACAAUUCGUUUCCAGGACGCUUCAGUGCUAGCUUUUCGUCGGUUGUUAUCGCUGAAUAGGCCGUGCGGAUGAUUCAUCCAUGGAAUGACGUCACGUGCUGAGAAAAUCACUGAUAAUCAGAAGCAACUGCCGAUUCCAACCAAGAAGAUACCAGCAGAUCACCACGUAUCUUUGCCUCUGAAGGGCAAUGCCGAUUGUAAACACGGAGGAAACCGAGCAACCAUGGGCGUUCAGACCGAAGGAAUACGAGUUCAAUCUCCGUGCAACCAGUUUGAGUAUGGCGGCCAGUCGGGCGGACUUCACGCCAAGUAUGGACAAGGGUUAGCGCAGCCCAAUUACGCUAAUGAAUUCUGCAACGUAGCGCGCAUACCGCAGCUUAACACUAACACGACGCUGAAUAGACGAAAUCACUACGGCGGGACUGAGGACAUGGGACCUGGAAGACAGAGUAGCGGGUCAAGGAUUAAGGGUUUUUCAAACGUCAGCAAUACAUACAAUCAGCAACAGCAUGCUCUACAAUACAUCAGUAGCUCUCGACCUGCGUCUGCCCACGACAACAGGAAGCAUUCGGACUGUGGUAUUGACGCGCCUCGUACUACGACAACAGGUGUAGGCGGCCCUGGCAGCGGUGUUAAUACGUCGAUGGGCCGAUCUAAUAAUAGGAGGGCGUCGAAGUGGCCACAGAAAAUAGCUGGCCAGGAGUACAGCAGGCAGUCGGUACAAUUGAACAGGAGUAAAGCGAACUUUGCGAGCCCGAGUUCUUUUCUCCCCACCGAUCCAUACAUGACGUCACCGGCGUCCGGAUUGAGUUCGUUUUCCAACUCGUCGUCUUUCGAGGCUUGCGGUGGGGGAGAACUGAGCGCUGUCGACAGCGAGGAGAGCGAGGUGCUUAAUCUCUGUCUGUACAACAACCAACAGCAGCCUGGACAGUUUUUCGAGAAGCCAGGGAGCUUUGACGACGCCAGGUACACUUUACCGAAUAAACCGAAAGUGGUCGGGCAGCUUAGAAAAGCUAACUCGCUAGGUGAGGUUACCAGGACUCGAAGCGAGUGGGAAAAAAACUCGUUUGUAAACGAAGGGAAACCGUGGGAGCGCUCGCCGUCAUUCAAAGAAGCUGGAUACCCGCCACAGUGCCAGUAUUCAGCUACAACGCACCGUAAGACUUCAGCAGAUUGCGUUUUAACCGGGCAGGGUUACGAAACAGUGAAUUUCGACAAUUCUCUGGAUAGUUUGUUCAGUUCAAACACGGAAGGAAAUAUCAAGGACGUCGCUGCAGAUUUUGGUGGCUCUUAUUCCAUAAUAGCAAGCGAUUCUACCGAGUUUUGCCAAGAGACUGCUCCUGCUGUACCUGCAGGGGAAUCCUGGAGCUUUGAAAGCGCCGCUGGGCCGUGUGCGCACGCGGUAGACCAAGUAGGGAGAAAAAGCCUCGGUAGCAAAUUACCUUCGCCUUUGGGCGCGCAAGAAAAACGUCAGGCGAGCGUCUCUCUUUGUCGCGGCGUAAAGAACUUUCGCGCGGAUCAAACGAGUUCUGUCAACAGCGGACAGAAUCUGUACCAGGUAGAAACUACACGUGACUACUGCCAGGCAGGCUACAGCGACCAGCGGAGUUUAGAAUACGAUUUUCGCAACAGGAAUUCAGAACUACAAGGGAACGUACCGCAAAGUGAAUACCAGUACGCGAAAACUUUUGAGCAGCCUAAAAACAAUGACACGGGCGUUUUGAGCGAGUUUCGGGCGCCAGAAGAGCAGUCUUGCAUCUCCCAGGAAUCGUCAGUGGCAGACGAGCGCAUGACGGUUCACAGCUCAAAAACUUAUACCGUUUUGACAUCCGGUCGCUGCGCAUCGGAUACGGGUUAUUCUGGCAAAAACGUGAGUAGAGGUGACAGAUUGCUGAUGACUGCCAUGAGUCAGUCGCUGCCAAUGAUUAGAAGGGAUGUACGUCAGCAGAGCCCACAACAUAGCAUCGAAAGUAACGUUUUACGAAGAAAUAGCCAGUGCAUGAACAGCCAAACCCAGCAACCAAGUUCAACCAGCGAGGGACCGAUGGAGCCGCAUUCAGUAGCCACCCCUAUGACAGCAGGCGAUAUAUCUCAGCACCAUAAGAUGCUAGAAGGUGUGGGGCACCUCAAGCCUUUUCCCCACCUUAUACUUCCGCCUCAUGUACCAAGCCAGUUAGAUCAGCACCAAAGAAUCUUACAGUCAACUUCAACCUACCAGCGACAGAGCCCGAAAAACGACGGCUACAGCCACGAAAUGGCAACAGGCUACGAUUCUGCGGCUAUACUAGAACACAGGCGUCAACCGCAUAUUGUUUCCCAAGCCCAACCCCUUCAGCACCAACCUACCCACGAGGCACAGUAUUUUCCUCAGCCGUACAGACCAGCAGGGCUCCCACCUGUAUCCACAUACGGCGUGUACCCUUUACUGCCCCCGCAGCAUCAUUUUAUGGUCAAGCAAGAAGACUCAGAAAACCAGGGCAACGCUUCAACGUCCCAUAAAAGACCCUCCCCUUCUGCUGCGGCCUACAAAGCAACACAACUGAGAGACCAAUACUAUUUGAAGCCUCCCCCAGUCGAUUUAGACGAUUUGUCCGACGAUGAACGAGAGAGGAUGCGAGUCAAGCGGGAAAGGAAUCGAGUCGCCGCCGCAAAGUGUCGAAACCGUCGACGAGAGCUUCUCGAACGACUUGAAAAAGAGGCAGAGCAACUGGAGAGGGAGCAGGAGCUCCUCCGAGAGAGCGUAAAGAGGUUGCAAUCUCAGAAGAGGAAACUGGGAGUGAUGUUGGAUGAACACGAGACGUCUUGUACUAGUAAACUCGAGGAGGAGACGAGAAAAAGUCCGGAGGACAAAACAGAGACUGUGGAGGCAAAAACGGAUGACACAGAUUCGUGAUCGGUGUCGGUUUAUAUUUUCACAGAUUUCCACUGUUUUUAUCUAUUGAUGCGUUACCUUUUAUGCAAGGCAGAGCUGAACGCCGCUUUCAAAAAAUCACGAUCAAAUACAUGUACUGAACUAAUUGUUCGUGGACUGGACUUUACAUACAAUGUUCCUAUACUGUUUAUACAUAAUGUUCCAACUGUAUUUUUGCCGAGCAGGUUAAACUGCUUCGUACCAAAACUGUCGCCGCUGUUUAAUAUUAUCUUAUCUUUCACCAAAUGUUCCCGAAAAGCAGGUCGAAAAAGAACGAGUGCAAUUUAUCUGUUUUGUAUUUAUGUGCGUAAAACACGGGUGCGUAGGUACUGGACCAAACCAGCCGCAAAAUCUCGCAUUUUACGUGGGAGUUACAGCUGAACAGGACAGUCACAGCUACGCACUGACGUAAUAGCCUGACAUGUUCGCCUACGAACUACUGUACGUUUAUUGUCUCUUUGUUGCAAGUGUUGUUUUUUACCUUUUUUUGCACAGUUUACUUGACUCGAGCGAAAACAAUAAACUGAUUACUUCACCGCAAAA